AUUUGAUUGGCCGCUCUUCAAUUUGUGAAAUUCGAUUCCUCUUGUGGCAAAAGAGAUGACUUCAGUAGUGAUCAAGUCACAACUUUGCUGAGUUUGGGAUGUAAAUUUAACGCCCAUGUUUGUGUGACUUUUUUGUAAGUGUGAUAUUUCUGAGGGGAUAACGAAAGGAUUUUCUACCACCAGGAGAAUGUAGACACGUAUAGCUCGUGUUGUGCCCGACGUACAGUUUACAAGUCGCUGACCCCGCCGGAUUAAAUAUGAUGUCUAACAGCAAUGUGGGGGAGCAGCUGUAUAUCGGGGACUAUAUCGCCCUGUACUCCAUGGAGACAGAGGGAUAUAUCUACAGUCUACAGUCCAGUUCCAGUCACAGCUCGAUCAACAUCUACAACAACCAAGACCGGGACAGACCAUCGAAAAUACCAAACCCAAACGCGGUGGUGUUCCAGAUCUGUAUACAGAACAGGUACAAGUUAAACAAGAAGCUCAGGAAAUGGCUCGCCCAGGCGUCAGCCAAUCCGGAGAGUACAGAGGAGAAGGGACUCCUGGCACAGGCCAAGCACGCCGCGGAGGCCGAGAAUGCAGACAAUGCCGCCGAGCAGAAGAGACAACUGGGCAAAAAAGUGCGAUACGGCGAAAUAGUCCAGCUGAAACACACGUUCACCAACAAGUACAUCCACAUGUGUACAUCACAGACCAGUCAGCGGGACAAAAACAACAUGAUGAUCAUGUUACAAGACUUCAACGCCAAAAAUGCCCAAUUCCGCAUCCUACCUCAAUACAAGGUCAAGUCAGAAGGGGAAGUGGUACAAAUCUACGACCAGAUAUGUUUCGAGAGUAUCAAGUCCCCCGGCCAUUACUUCCAUGCCAGCAUGCCCUUCCAGAUCGAUGUCGCCAGCUUCGGAUCGGAACUGAACCUUGGGGUCGAGCGAACCGGAUUUACCCUCGUCCGUUUCUGCAAAGAAAAUCCAGAACUCGACUUGUUUGUCAAACGAGGGAUUUGUACAAUUCCCAAAUACGUCAAGGGAGGAUGUGCCAUACGCCUGUUCCACAAAGAACUGGAGGCGUAUUUAGUCGCCGAGGGAUUAUUUGGCGAAGAGGUAACCGAGGAUGUCCAUUUCCGCAUCAGAGUGAUGGACCAGCAUAAGCCUCGGACACUCUCGCCUCCCUCCUCGGGCAAUACCUUCUGGCAGAUCGAGGCUGAAAACAGUUGUCUCAAUGGUGAAGUGAUACGGUGGGAACAGCAGAUACGACUGCGGCACAUGACGACACGACGCUACCUCUGCAUCGACGGCAACCGUGAGAUCUCCCUCAUAGAGGACAACGAAGAUCCUCGUACAGUGUUCAGGCUACACUCCGUCCUCAGUGAGAGGGAUGAGAUCCAUUUCGAGAGUUAUGCUCGUAUUGAGCACGUGCUCACGGGCUUCUGGCUGCACGCGCUCAAAGAUGAAGACUACAUCAGGAAGCAGUUCCGCCAGGUGGACGAAUCGCAGGAUCAGAGCAUGCGGGGGCUCCGCUGGGACACGGCUCAAGUCCGACAGGUUGCCGCCAGUGGGGAGAGCAUGUACGACGACGCCUUCACCAUACAGUGGGUGGAGCAACAGUACGUGGACGACUUCAACUACGUCGGCGGCAUGGUGCCGUUCCUCCACAGUCUCAUUAAAGACAGAGAAGAGGGUCACCUGUUGAACUCCAAGAAGACCCACACAGUCCUUACAGCCAUGGAGGAACUAAGGAAGUUCAUGUAUGUGAAAGGGGUGACGAGUAAAGGAAGACAGAAACUCAUGAGAAAUCUCAGAGUGAUCGACCUGCUGGUUCGAACCCUCCAGUGUCCGCUAGAUGGUGUGCAUGACGAGUCCAACCUCAUCCAGAUCUUCAAGGAGGCCUAUGAAAUACUGUACACCUACAUGAUAGGCAAGAGCAGGAAGAACGCCCUCUACUUCGCCAAAUACAUCGACUUCUUCCAGACACAGUUCACACAGAAGGGUGGGAUCGGCCUGAAUGUGGCUCAGAUGAUUGUGGAGCUGAUCAGAGACAAGAGGAAGAUCGUUGACAGGAUCACGCAUUCGCAGAUCGACGAGUUUGUUGGGUUACUUGAAAACACACAGAAUCACCGGUUCCUUGAUCUGCUGCACGUGCUGUGUGUGUGCGACUUCGUAGCCAUUCCCAACAACCAAUCAUACAUCGUGGAGAGAUGGCUGCAGAAGAAACAGCACGGAGCCUACCUGACCGCCAGGGGCCAGGACAUCAACCGUCAACCCAACAUCCUGUACAUUUCAACAACUGCCGGAAAGACGUGGGUGGCGCUUCAUGAGUUUGUUGAUGAAGAGUCUGCUGUGUAUGACAAGGACACUCACGACUUCCUCAUCCACCAGUUGGAUCUGUACAAGGCGCUCUGCUAUGGCAGGAACGACUUCGCCAUCAACAUCAUCACAAAGGAGCUACGCUAUCUCACCUGGGAGGAAACCUUCCUGUCCAUUGGCUCGGACAUCCUACCUGACGCCAUCAGAGCCAAAUACUGCGACCUCACCACCAGUUUGUUCGUGGACGUUGGUAACAACUACUCGGUGCUAGAUCAUCCAAACAUCUGCUUCGUCUACGACUACGUCGGUUCCAAGGACGAGGAAAAAAGCCAAGGCGACUUUGUUGUGAAGGAGCUGGUCGCUAUCUUCCCUGUGUUGAGAGACUGGAUCGCAGAGUUUCUGUCCCAAAAUACCUGUAUGAUCGCCUCGGACAUCGGACACAACAUGCUCGUCGAACAGGUGCUGAGAUUGCUGUACCAUCUUGUGAAGUUCGGCUACUACCUUGACCUUGAAGACGUUCUGCAACUCCUGCCUCCGCUCCUCAACCUCCUUGACGGCCGACACGACUUCCCCUUCCCCAAGGACAAGGAAAAGGGCUACUCCAAGGAGGCGAUGAAGCAGGUGACACAGUACCAGACGCUGGACAGAUACGACAAGAACACAGAGACGGAAGCCAUUGUGAACGCCAAGUUCCAAGUGUUGGAGGUGCUUGACCUUCUGCUUACGUACCAGAGGAACUCCCGUCUACAGAGUUUCAUGGGCAAGUUCAAGGUGGCAGAACAAGCAGCUGCAGCCAAAAGGAGUGGACAGACGUCGCUGAUCCCGCUGUUGUUCGACGUCUACAACCCACACGACAGCAACAAAAAGGGGCUGGCCCACCAGAAGAAGGUGACGAAGGAGCUGAGAGACAUGUUUAAUGUGUCAGCAAUAUUUGAUGUGGAUCUUCUCACCAAAGUCCUCAUGGACUUGUCGCAGUACAAAUACAACAAAAUCAUCACCAAGGCUCUGAAUAUCCUCAAUAAAGUGUACUCCUCCAAAACCAACAUGUUCAAACUCUCCAGUAAAGCUCAGGUACUUCUGACCCAGGACUCGGCACGUGUUCAUCGGGAGGUCCUAAAGAACAUGCCCAUCCUGCGGCGACUUGCACGUGCCAAACUGGACGACCAGCAGGUCAAACUCAUGAGCGACAUCUUGGACGAUCUAGCAGAGUUCUGCCAUCUGCCAAUGACGCCGGAUGAACCCCAUCCGAUGAACCAGAACAUCCUCAUCAGCAACGGAAUACUGAACAUUCUGUUUGACAUCUUGGUCCAGGAUAUCGACGUCAAGCUGUUGGAACAAUACAAGGGCAUGCGGGACAUCUUCAGGAAGACACUCUACCUCCUCAAGCUGCUGGCCAAGGAGAACGACAGAGUCCAGCAUCACAUCUUCGAGAGACUGGACGUUCUCCUCGAAGUACGAGUAGUGGAGUCCGAUCUGGCUGUAGCCCUUAGAGAGGUGUUUUAUGGCAACCAAAACACGUGUUUGAAGAUCAGCCCCCGCCAGAUCCAGAAGGUGGUCAACAGAGCCGCAGAGCUGACGGAGAAGGCUCCGGAGUUCCUGGACCUCCUACAGAUGAUUGUCAAGGUCGUGGGCACUGGCCUGACUCUGAAGCGGAACCAGGCUUACGUCAUGAAAUACAUCAUGCAGAACUACAAGAAGCUUGCCUACGUCCUCGACCAGACUCGUGAUGAAAGGGAGAAGAUCCUGACAGAUCAGGACCGGAUGUCCACCCUGAGGUACUACCUGAGUCUGUUGGAUCUGCUUGCAGCAUGUGCUGAGGGGGAGAACAUGUUCAUCGAGUCCCUGUGCCAGACCAUCCUCCCCAUGGAAGACAUCCUGUGGGUGCUGAACAACCCAAACGUGGACAACGUCCAGAAGAAACCAUUCCUGCGUUGCCUCCACCACGUCUACAUGAAGAGCAACGGCUCCUCGGUGGACAUGGCCAACAGCGAGAUCCCGCACGAUAGUUUACAGAAAGCACGACCUGCACACGACUUUUUCCGAUGUGAGCUGUGGGACUACUUGUCUUCGUUGUCCAUCGAGAUUAACAGACUGACCGACAGCAUCAAGGAAGAUCCUGACAAGAUAGCCAUCUAUCUCAAGACUGCUCCAGAGAAAAGUGGCACGGCUCAGACGCAGUUCUUCGAGUCCUCGGCGUACGGCACGGUGCUGUAUAUACUUGAGGGAGUGUGUCCGUUCCUGGAGACGUUCUACCGCGACUUCUACUUCCCUGACCAGAUCAACCCCGCCGGCAAUGAAAUAGACGAAACUGACCAUCUCGCCAAGGCCGGAGUGAUGUUCAGCGAGAUCGUCGGCCCUCUCCUGUACAAGCCUGGCCAUAUGAAGAACAUGGUCAACUGUUUGACCGUCCUCGUCCCUGUGUCCAACAUGCCCAACUCGAACCUGGAGGUGAUCCUGGAGAGGUUCGCGUCUGGUAUCACGGUAGAGGACACGUCCAGCGCUAUCCGCAGGGGUAAUAUCGAGUACUAUUCGUCCGAAGUGGAAUUGAACGCAAAAUUCCGGACAUUCGCCAGAGGCUGUGCUGUUGUGUUUGCCGGACACAACACUGUCCAGGCACAACUCAAGUUCAAGUCAAAGAGAGAAUACACGAUCCUUGGAGGAGAUGAGGAACUGCUCGGAGAGGAGUUCCAGAGCCUGGUCCGCUGUUUUAUUGCGUCUCAUGAGAAGAAACCGGAAAAGAAGUUCUUUCCGUCAGGGAAACUCAUAGAGCAACUGGCAAUAUCCCUGGAGUACAAGCGACUGACGGAGGCUGCCAGACAGGAGAUGGACGACCUCAACAUCAAGUGUCUGCAGGUGUUGAGGGCUCUGGUACACAACGAGGAGAGGAAGCUGCCGGACGACUGGGAGACACGGACAACGGAGACCAAGAUACUCAGAGCCCUGAAGCUGAUAGCAUGCAUACAGAACUUCUACGAGUGUAAUGGCGCCAUGAAGAAGUCACUGCCCCACCUGGCCUCCCGUAAUGACGAGAUCGCCAAGGAGGUGCUGGGCUUCCUGUGCAUCAUGCUGUUUAACGCUAACCAACAGGUUCAGGAAUCAAUGUUGAAGUACUUCCUGUCAACGAGGGAGGAGGUGUUCUUCAUGGCGGUCAGAGACAGAAUGGCGUUGUCCACCAACUCCAUCAAGGAGAAGCGGUCACUGGAGGCGCAGCAGGAGGCCAAGUUGAAGGACACACCAGAGGCAGUUGCCAAGAAGUCCACUCACACAUUCGUCAUCAGCCUCAUGGCUCUCAAGCAAAUACAAAGUUAUGAGGACGCCCUACGACAGCAGAGGCUCAGUGGAUGGACGAAAAAGAAGGCAACAGCCUCAACGAAGAAACAAAAAAAGAAGAAGCCUAAAAAACCGAAGGAAGAGAAAAAGAAGGAGCCGAAGAAGUCGAAGAAGGAUGCGGCGCAGGCCAACGGCAUCAAGAAGGAAGUGAACUUCGCCAACCCGCUUGUGAAGGAAAACGAAGCUCUCAUCGACACGGUGCAGGAACCCGACAUGGAACUUACUGUUAAGGUAGAGGAACCGGAACCGGAAGCGAAGGAAGAGGAAGCGCCGGAGACCAACGCAUCCGCCGAGUACCGGAACGACGGCUACAUCGAGCUGGUUCUGAAGGUGAUGGCCCGGAUGUGUGACGGACAGAACAAGCUCUUGCAGGACUAUCUCCGUGAACAACCAGACAACGUUAAAUCGUUUGACAUCAUCGCAGAGGUGACCCGCUUCCUCAAUGUCGUGUACUCCAACAUCAACGGCAAGAGCAUUGACCUCGUUAUUCAGCUGUUUGAGUCGAUGAACGAGUUCACAGCCGGUAACCAAGACAACCGCAUCGUCAUCUAUGACAACAAGAUCAUCGACUACAUCAACUUCAUCUUGAGAGCCGCCGACUUUGAGAACUGCUCCAUUGAGAAGAUCCUGGAACUUCGGAGUAGUAUAGCUAACCUGGUCAUGUCCCUGGUGGAGGAAAAUGGUCCCGGCGCAUCACAAGUCGCGAAGGAAGUAAAAGAUACUUUGGACAAGAAAGCAGUUUUGGCCUUAAUGACAGAAUGCUACGAGAAUCACGUGACAGACAAGAAAGCCAUUGAGGAACUGAAAAAUAUGCCGAUAAUGGGCGCACCGCAGACUGGGUCUCAGAGUUACCUAGCAACAGCAAAAUCAUUUGCCAUUGCUGGGAGCAGCUUCCUGUCAGGUGUCAUGGACAAAGAUGCAGCAAACAAGAAGAAGAUGGAGUACGCAGAUGACUACAUGGACGUCGGAUUCAGCCUUUAUCUCAUCCUGGCCCGUAUGGUCGACCUUGAUCCCAAGAUCCUUGACAUGCUGCGAAUGACACCCCUCCAGCAAAAGGCCUUCACCUUCUACAAGAAGAACUGCAUGUCAAUAGAGGUCGUGAAGGACGAUGAGCUGCAGAAGGUUAACUUCCGGGUCAAGAACAAGAGGGUACUAAGGGAAGAAAUCAAGGAGAAGCUCAAAUGGAGUGUGGACAGAUCGUCGCCUAGCAACAAAAUUAGGGACCUGAUGGCGUGGAGCAAGGACAUUAUGAAGGACAUUGCCUACCAGCAGCGGAUCCUGAGCAACUUCCUGGCGCUCUGCAUCACCAAGGGAUGGCUCAUCUGGAAUCAUGCUGUGACGCUGCUGAGUUUUGGCAUCAACAUGUUGAUGCUGGCGACAUGGAAAGCCAAGGGGUCGAUGGAGACACCCAACAUCUUCUCGGGCAACACCACGGGGAUGCCACCGCUACUUGUCGACCCAGUCCCCGCCAUCAUAAAUCUAGGGGCAGAUACCUACGACGUGGUUCUAAAGAGUAUGGGCUUCACCCACAACGUCCUCUGCCUCCUCGUGCUCAUCAGCUACUUCGUGUGCAACCAUCCGCGACUGCCAAACCCUAAGACCAUGUUCAUCAAUCUCAAGAGCGCGUUGAGGAAGAAGAGGGACGACGAAGAGGAGGAUGGGAAGAAGAAGCAGCACGAGUCCAAGUUGGACGCCCGAUUCUUCAGUUUCACCACGUUCUACUACCUGGCAUUCUUGGCGUUGUCGAUAGGAGGAACGUUCUCAAACGGCUACUGCUUCGCCUUCCAUCUCCUGAACAUCGUCAACAACAACCAGCUGCUGAGCGGAGUCAUCAAGGCCGUUACUCAUCCAGCCAAGUCCCUGGUGUGGGUGGCCAUUCUGGGUCUGGUAGUGUUUUACCUCUAUGCUAUCAUUGGUUUCGCGCUGAUGAGGAGUAUGUUCAACCCGGAAAGUAACCUGUACUGUGACACCUUGUGGCAGUGUACCAUCACCGUCAUCCGGUACGGCUUGAUAGGAGAUCUCUUCGAGGUGCUCGUACCACAUGAUAACGAGCAGACAUUCCAGAAGUUCGGCUUGGUGGUCGUCUACCAUGUCUCCUUCUUCAUCUUCAUCACUACCAUCGGUCUCAACAUCAUCUUCGGUAUCAUCGUCGACACCUUCUCAGAGCUCAGAGAUCUCAAGUGGACUGCCGAGUCUGACAUGCGCGAUACCUGCUUCAUCUGCAGCCGGAACAGCUACGACUUCGAGCAUCACGGGAAGGGAUUUGAGCACCAUGUUCGUGCUGAACACAACAUGUGGGCCUACAUCUUCUUCUUCAUCCACCUGAACGGCACCAAGGUGAACGACUACACCGCCAUGGAGAUGUACGUCUAUAAGCUGCUGGGGAAGGAGAACUUCGACUUUUUUCCGCUGGACCGCGCCCUGUCGCUGGCCUCCAUGGGUAAAGACUCCACGGAGACCAAGCUGGAUGACCUCCUCUACCAGGUCACAUCCAUAGUGGAGAAACAGAGGACGGAGGAACUGGAAAAGAAGAGACGUGAAGAAAAAAUGCGUCAAAAGAUUUGGGAGCAGAAACACCGUCUGGGAUCAUUCCGCCGUCGAGCCCGUCUCCCUGGCCCAACGGAACCAGAUCCAUUGAUGCAGAUCUCGCCCGCCGCCGCAACCGCACAGCUCGGGGAUGACAGUCGCAUGAUGCAGCUGAGCCCACUUCCUGGACUUGGACCCCUUCACCGCAGACCCAGCAUCUCCGAACACGGCCAUGGGUCAGAACUCCAGCUAAGAAGAGCUAGCAUAACUGACCAUUCAGAUCUUCUGAGGAGGCCAAGUAUCUCCGAUCACUCAGAUUUCCCAAUUCGCAGACCCAGUAUCUCAGAUCACUCGGAUAUGUACCGGAGGCCAAGCAUCUCUGACCAUGCAGCAUUUAUCAGUGGUCAUCGCCACCGCCACCAUGACCGCCACAGAGCGAUGAGAAGUGUUAGCCCCCUCCGACAUGAGGCAGACCCGAGGUUCUUCCGAGGUCCCAGCCCAUCUCGGUUUGACUCAGAGGAGCCGUAUGUCAGAAAUUUGAGUCCAGUUCGAUAUGACGCAGGAACAAGAAGCCCUUCUCGGUCCAGGCAGGGGAGCGAAACCGAUCUGAUGGGCCUGAGCCCUGUACAUACACGUCGAGAAGCUCCAUCUCGGGAUCUGGGGAUGCAGGCCAUGAGCAUGCUCAGUCCUAAAUGGAUAGACAGCAGGUCUACAAGUCCACGUGGGGCUACUGUUUUCUUCCCAGAAACUGAGUCGCUGCACAGUUUGAGAGAGGGAGCUGAACGCGCCAUGCCAGAGCAGUAUCCGGACCCUCUCGAAGGUCCAGUGUACGGCCUUGACCAGGAAGCGCCCACGAGGGAGCGAGAAGGAGACGCCGACAGCACCGCCAGUGGCGACUACGGCAGAUAUGAGACAAGAAUAUAAACAUUAACGCAAGCGUUUCUCAGGGGUCAAUGCCAGCUAGUGAUUGCUUACCAAACUGUUAUUCAUGUAUGUAAAUGCCAAUGUCACGUCGUAGUGUAAGAUGUAGUUCCAGUAUGACCUGUCUGUGUUCAAGCCUCGGUAGGACUGACACAAGCCGUUGGUCGUUUAUCAGAAAAGGGAGACAACCGCUGCUGAAACCAGGUGCACUGUAAACGAUGUAAUGAUACUAGAGUGUGGUGUUUGAUGUUUCAACAGUAUCAAGCAGUACCUUUCUUUUAUGACCAAGCAUCACUGUGUACAUCAUGGUUAAAGGACAAGCCUUCAAGGACGGUAUCGAUGUCCACAGUCGGUGGCUACUUGACGAAAAAUACGUUCACACCACCACCAACAAGAAUACUGACAGGAAAACAAUUCAUUUAAGGGAGGAUAACACAGGCGUCCUUAAAGCACAUAUUAUAACCAGAUUAAUGUGCUUCAAAAUUCCAUUUCAGCUCCAUGGGGAGUAUCCUGAACAAAGUAGCCUACCUGCUUGAGAAUAAUUCGUAGUUAUUAGAAAUGUAGUGUUUUAUUCCCCGUUUGACCUUAGACUUAUGUAUUUCUGUGAACUAACAAUAACCCCCGUGUCACUGGUAGUAUAAUCAACUACCGUUCCUUACCCGUUAAUGAAGGUACACACUCACACUGUGUUAGGAUGAGUAUAGAGCUUCCAUUUUGUCCCUACCCGGUAUUUCCUGUCCGAACUAGACUUUUCCCGACAUGAAGCAAUUCAUACUACUCAAUCUGACCCUUGUAUAUCACAUACCUUGAUCAUUCCACGAUGCUUGACUUGCGCAUUAUGCUGUAUCUGCUGGAACCUCCUGCGUGACGUCAUUUCCUGUUGCUUGAAUGCCCACGGAAUACCAUCACUCAUUUUGUGCUCCCUGUUAAUGAUCUCAUUCUAUUAAGUUCUUCAUUUUAACAGUCAUUCAUUCUUUCCCAUGAUUUGUGUAAAUAGUACUGGUGUAAAUAAUCCUGCACGUAAUUCAUGCAUUCAUCGCAGCCAAACAAAUGCCAACAUUUCUAACACAUGAGGUGAUAACAAUGCAGUUCUUGUUCGUCAGAAUUGGAAGUGUUUGUUUUUUUCUAUGGCAAAAUGAUGGUUCGUCCAGCCCCAAAAUCGGGUCCUGUUCUCUGUACACAAAUACUUGCAAUGGACCCG